AUGUUGGGUGUCGCGACAAGGGGCAUCGGGAGACGUCCUUCCGCAGCCACAACAACAACAGCAGCCAGGUCUCUCAGCGUUGGGUGCUGCCAAACAGUCGCAGCAACAGCAACAGCAACAGCAGGAGCCCCUCGUCAUUUUUCGGGAGUUAAGUUUCUAGACCAGAGACGGACAGGGGAGGAGACGGUGUACUUCAAGAAGGAAGACGAGGCGUUGCUGCGUCGUCUGUUGGCGAAGCAUCCGGAGGCGGAUCCGAAGUUCCAGUCAGGGGGCGGUACUGCGUCAUUGGAGUCUCUUAGGGGUUCUUUGUCUCUCUGUAUAUCCAAGCAUUUCAAGCAGCAACCUCCAAAGGCACUUCUGGAUGAACUGCCGACAAUAUUCGCUAGCCACGGCUGGCAGCCUCCCGAAGACGUCAAAACCCUUCUCCGCUCCCUCCAGACACAACCCGGAGGCGCCAGUUAG